CGGCUUUCUGCCGGGGUUCAGCCUCGACAUUGCAAAUCGCCAACCCUCGCUCAAACGGACACGCUGGCGCGAGGUUUUGGUUUCGUGUUUCGCGCAUCGGUUGCGCGGGUGCUGGUGGUUGACCCGCUGCGGGUGAGAUUAUUCUCAAUGGCGUCCAAUGCGGCCAUGACUGAGGCGGCGGCGGCAUCAGUUCCGCCUGCCAUGAGAAAGACAAAACUGUAUGGACGCGCGUUCUAUGAGAGCAUCGGUUCACCAAAGCAUAUCAUUGCUCCCAUGGUAGACCAGUCAGAAUUUGCCUGGCGCAUGCUGUCGAGAUCCUUUCUUCCCGAGUCCCAGCGAUCCAGCAUCCUUGCCUACUCGCCCAUGUUUCACGCGCGGCUCUUCGGAGAAAGCCAGAAGUACCGAGAUCAACACUUUCAGCCGACAAAACCCGAAUCCAACGCCCCCUUUCUAGACGGCAACCCGGCCAUCGACCGACCGUUCUUCGUGCAGUUUUGCGCCAACGACCCGCAGGCGCUUCUGAAUGCAGCGAAACUAGCGGCGCCCUACUGUGACGCAGUCGAUCUCAACCUAGGCUGCCCGCAGGGCAUCGCCAAGAAGGGCCAUUACGGUGCCUUCUUGCAGGAGGAUCAGGAGUUGAUACACCGCAUGAUCAAGACCCUUCACGAGAACCUCGACAUUCCCGUCACGGCCAAGAUCCGGAUUCUAGACACGAAAGAGGCAACGCUCAAGUAUGCGCAGAACGUCCUCAGUGCCGGCGCCAGCAUCUUGACGGUACACGGGCGUCGGCGCGAGCAGAAGGGACAUCUAACUGGCCUGGCAGACUGGCAAAUGAUCCGCUACCUGCGCGACAACCUCCCGCCUGAAACGGUACUGUUUGCAAACGGCAACAUCCUCCAGCACGAGGACAUCGAGAAAUGCCUCGCCGCCACCGGGGCAGAUGGCGUCAUGAGCGCCGAAGGAAACCUCAGUAACCCAGGCAUCUUCACCGCCCCGCCACCACCCGGCCAAGAGCCGCGUGGCUACUGGCGCGGCAGAGAUGGCAAGGGCGGAUGGCGGGUUGACGAAGUCUUCCGCCGCUACCUCGACAUCCUUCACGAGUACGUCCUGGGCGCCCCGCCACCGCCAAGGAGGCCGCUCUUCGUUCCCGGCGACGACACAGCCUGGAUGAGCGAGGAGAUCCUGCUGCCCGGUCAGAGUGGGCAUCAGAGCAAGCCAAAGAAGCGCAGGAGCGACGUGGCCAAGGAGAACCCUGCGCUGAUGGCAGCCAACUUCAUCGGCAUGCAGCCGCAUCUGUUCCACCUGCUCCGUCACUUCGUCUCGCGCCACCACGACGUGCGGGACGCCCUCGCCAAGGCGCGUCUGGGCGACAUGGAGACAUAUGAGGCUAUCUACCAACUGGUCGAGAAGAAGGUUGCGGAGGGGUUACUUGAGUACGAGAGAACUGAUGGAAAGAGCGUCGAAGAGGAGGGUACCUCUGUUGCAGUAGAAGACCAAGAUGAUCCCGAGAGCUCGGCCCGCGCGAUCCGGGAGUGCAAGCGCCCCUGGUGGGUUGUCCAGCCCAUCAUUCGGCCACUGCCCAAAGAGGCCAUGGCUAAGGGGGCGGUACAAAUGAGCAAGAAGGAGAGGAAACGGGUAGCAGCUGAGAUGGAAGAGAAGGAGGCGCCAGUGAAUGGUGCUAAGAGAAGCAAGGACGAUUCACGGCCGGCGUCGAACGGGGAUGGUACCGCUGUUGGCGAGCCCGGCGCCGGGAUUGUUUUGGAGGCGCAGUCGCUCGAGAAAACGACCAGUUAUCCAUCCAGUGAGCUAGUGAACGGGUGAGCCUCCUCCGGGGGCUGUAUCUGGAUGAAUCGCGAUAGCCAAUCCCGCCCAUAGGCAGAUGGGAAUGCGCAGGAGCGGCAAGCAGGCUCUACUGUGGCUGUCGGAGCAGGGCUGGCAGUGUGAUGGUGGCCAGGCUCGUAACACCCGAGAAACGCACGCAAGACUAAGCGACGAAGGCUAACGAUGCUUCUGCUGGCACCCGGGAUUUAGUUGUGGAUAUGCCGCGUUUCUGAUGACCGCUGUCUUGAAUAUACCCUCUGCUGUGAAAUCUAAGCCAGAAGUAGCCAUCUACUCCACUAAUAGUUAGAACUAGAGGCAUGGAAUAUGGUGUGGGCAAAGAGGCUAAACGUCCUAAACAUUCAGGGAAAAAGCAGAACGUAUCACGAAA